AUGUCUCAUUUACUCUACAACACCGGUCAUAGACCAUACACCUUCGAGCUUCCCGGUGCUAUCCAACCCCUCACUCCGCCAGAAACUGACAAUGACUACACCGGGCAAGCGCAGACACCGCUUCCUCGGAGUGCAACGGAUUAUGAAACGCACACUCCCCAGCCGUUUCCUACCUCAGCAGAGACCUCUACUCCCCUUGGCCGUAGAGGACCAUCUGUUACCUACGUCCACUCUGGCCCUCGAGAGUCUCGCGAGCGAGUGGUUCAGAGGGGUCCCAAAUGGCUUGUCGUUGUGAUACCUCCCCCAUCCUUUACGAGAGAGCAUGGUCAACUUGGACAUACCCUAUCAAAUGGUUCUCCCGACCGAUUAUCUCACGGACUUCUGAUGCCGUUGUUCUACACAAUGGGAGGGCAGUUGAGUGCCAUAGCCCGUGAGUACGGCUUGCCGAGCUCUGUCGGUUUAUGUCUAUACUUGCGCACCAACCAAAGCGGACUCUCUCUGGCCCCGCGGAUUUCAGACGAAUCCUGGCAGUUACUUUGGGGACACUUGUUUGAGGCGCGAUCUCCAACUGUUCCUGUCCAGCAGCUGCCGAUCAGUGGUCAAAUUGAGUUCGAGAUAGACAUGUCCAAGGCACGUUGGUAUGAUACUUGGCUUACUUCAUAUCGCAAGGACGUGGCAGAUGUUCCCUAUUCUGUGACACAUUCCCGUCGGCAGUCUGUUUCGCACUGGCGUGGCGAUAGCAGGACGACGUUUAUCGAGGAUGACCAAUUAGACCAGUCCUCCCUCACGCAGCAGGCGAGGGCAGCGGCUCGCAUUGCUCCAAAAAAGUUGUCUCUACUGGACCGCUUCGAUACGUCGUCUGCAGCCAGAGCCGCUCCACAUCUCUUACCGCCCCCGAGUCCGAAUGGUGAAUUAAACAUCUUCCACGCUCUAUCACCAAUAGUACAGGAGGUCGAAUCUCCCAAUCCCAAGAACAGCAUAGACAACCUCGUGAACUCAUGGCGAGUUGGGGCGGCUCUUUCUCGAAGCCCGUUAGCCCCAACAGGGCAGACGAGCCUUGAUCCUGCAAAUAUGCCCAAUACCCUUAAUGAUCUACGCGAUACCAGUACCAGUUAUGACGCUGAGGCUGAACUAGAUCUGGAUGAGUAUACCUGGUCCAUAUCGUCUGCCGGACCUCCCGAUUAUGAUGAAAGUGCCUCUAUAAUGUCGUGGGUGUAUCCACCUUCCGUUCAUCUGGACAGGCGACUUGAGGGCUCGGUGUGCCUUACCCCAUCCAUCUGCACCUCAUUCGGCCCUCCCGACGACGACUACCAAUGGUCGGUUCCAUCUACGCGUUUACCCACGCCCGAUAUUGCAUGGCGUGCUCUGGAAGACGCUCCCCUUAGUCCCUCCGUCUGCACAUCGCCUGGUCCUCCUGAUGACGACGACUACCAAUGGUCUGUACCGUCAACGCGGGUGCCUUCCCCCGAUAUCGCAUGGCGUGCCUUGGAAGAUGCACCUCUUACUCCUUCGACUUGCACAUCGUUUGGCCCCCCAGAUAAUGAUGACCAUCACUGGUCAACGCCCUCGACGCGGCUGCCCUCUCCCGAUAUCGCGCUGCGAGUCCUAGAAGACGCUCCUUUAUCGCCUCUUACCACAACGAUCUCAGCGUCUCUUUCUCUUAUUGGACCCCCUUCCCCUCCACGGCACAGCGACCCCCUCGACACGUCUUCUCCAGGAUCAGGCGAACGCGCAUUACUGAAUGGAUCGAAGGCUGGGAGAGUCUCCCGCCCAACGCAUGCAGAUCACCCGUGGCCUACAGAUCCAAGUUGUAUCGAGGUAUCCACCUGGAGUCACAUCUGGCCAUACUAUAACACGCAAUGUGCAGUCAGAACUAUACAGGGUACGAGGCAUCGGAGUCAAAACGAUCUCCUGACAAUGUCUCGCAUUUCGGAGCCUGUCCCAUGGAAGGAAGUAUGGCCGUAUGUAGCAUCUCUAACCCAGAUACAGAGUCCUGUAGGGACUUCGUCCACGUGUCCCCACUUAAGGCGGUAUCCUGCGGUAUAUCCGUUCUUUGAUUUGUAUCCAGCGCUUCCGCCGACCGUUUACACUCUCCCAACGCGUUCCUGUCAUGCAGGAGGCGAAGGAGUCCCGGCGCCCGAAGUCAGCGCACCAAGUACCGUAGGCUCUUCGGACGGGUACCCGUAUUUCAAUCUAUAUCCUGCGGUGUUUCCCUUUUUCGACUUGUACCCGACUGUCAUAGUUGCAGAUACGGAACACUAUGGUUCAAUGACUCGUGACGAUAUUUCGGACACUGCUCCGUGGAUGCAUGUAUGGCCGUACACGGAAACGGCAAAGUCACAGACAACGCCAUUCAAGCAAGUUACGCCGUACAUGGGCUCUUCUGCUAAAUCAAACACCCCGCCGUGGAAGCACGAAUGGCCGUAUACAGGGUCUCGGAGGUCUCUCGAAACGGUUGACCUUAGCACAUCAACAUCAAGAUAUCCGACCAUGGUGUUAUAUCCGGCUGUCUACCCGUUCUUCGAUCUUUACCCUGCUAUCACUCACCUCCUGGCUGUCGACGAAACUAGGCAGAAGGAAAUAUGUAUCGAAUUUUAUGGGCAAUAUCCCGUGCUGCAGAUCUAUAAACCGGUAUAUCCUCAUGUGGUGAUAUAUCCCAGUGUAGACGGCGUGACAAAGCCGGCCAAAUCUGAGUUACUAACGAACGGCAAUCCUACCGAGGUGACAGAAGGUCAUGACGUGCAAUCCAAUUUGUCAAGGGGGUAUCCAAUUGUUCAGCUGUAUCCAGCGGUGUAUCCAUCGAAUCUGGAUGAGAUCUACCCUCGUAAAGGUGCAGCUCCAUGCAACGAGUCAAUUUCUCUUGCAGUUGACGCCCAAUUUUCGACGCAACAUCCCGAUUCCCCGGUCUAUCCGUACAACCUCGACUUCAUCUAUCCAUGGGCUCAACGGCAUUCAGUUCAGCUGUUAACUUCUUCGCCGAAGGAUGACUCAGGGACGGCACCGGCAACUACGUGCCACAUGUCUGCUUACCCAGCACUACAUCUUUAUCCAGCGGCUGAUUCUCAUGAUCUCGUAGAACUAACCGUGGAGACCGGGGUUGCAUAUCCGCAUUUGAGGCUCUAUCCAGCAGUGGAUCCCUUCAGCUCAACGUAUCCCGCAACCUCGGAGGUUAAUCAUGAUUCUGGAGGCGACAAGGCGAUUGGAGAAGAUACAGAUACUCGGGCACCUGGAGAGUCUCCUGCUAAUCACUUCGCUGGGCAGACCGCCGGCCAACUCGGCGUAGCAGACUCAGGACACAAGGGGAACCUGUUGUCACCCGCUAGCUCUCUGUCGGGCUUGCCGAAGGACUAUCCUUCGGUGACACCUUAUCCUGCAGUUCACCCCUGGAAUCUGGACGAAAUCUACCCAGCUGCUAGCCAAGUAGCGUUGAUACCCAUGGAAAAUACCAGUAGUACUUUUGAUAUGCACUAUCCGCGUCCCAUUCUCUAUCCUGCCGUAUAUCCGGCCAGCUUGAACGAGAUUUAUCCAUCCGUCAUCCCAGCUCAGCCGGGGCGGACCACGGGAUCGAGGUUCGCAGACCUCUCUGUCUCUGUGAAGCUUCGUGUGACGUAUCCGAUCUUUGAUUUGUAUCCAUCAAUUUACCCACACAACAUCUUAGACAUCUACCCCUCUAAUACACUGGACGUCGGGUAUGCGACGAAGCAUAAUGAUUUUAACAGUCUAAUUGGUUCUCUGAUAGAGACGUCCCCCUCUAGUUCCUUGGGUCGUCCAUGUAACAAUCCUGCAGUUCCUAUGAGACUGGAAGCUGAAUGUCCUACAUUCGUGAUAUAUCCCUCGGUAUAUCCCUUCCUGGAUAUAUACCCUCCUGCCGCGAUUGGUGGUGUCCAUCAGAUCGAGCAAAGCCUGUCUAUCCCACAAAUUGCUAUCACGAACACUGCGACGCUUCGUCGAGUCCCAAGAUUCACCCAUAUGGACUUGCAUAUGCAGGUUUUCAGUUCAGGAUUCAUCUCCACCACUGAAACAUCUCAGAAGGAUUCCAUUGCACGACGGAGCACUACUUCGCCUGUCACACGCUUGCGUUCCCGAUCUGGUACGAUCAGUAGCAGGUUUUCCCUCUCACAAGCAGGGAUGGUUCCUGCUGUAGAUUCGUCACCCGUCUUUCAGAGCAGAGUGCCAUCCAGCGCCAUUCCAGAUACCUCGUCCAAUUCAACCAAGGUGUCGGUGCCUGCAUUAUCAGCACCCGGCGAACAUCUCUCACAACCUCCAGCAAGUAGAGGCUCAAUUGGACUUCCUGCGCAUCCUGCAGUGAAUCGAAGGCUGUCGUCUGCGUUCUCCAGACCUAUUUCAUCCUCCUUUUCUGCCCUACCUACCCUGAUAGAACCGGAGCACCUCGAUGAUAUGCAUGACAGUGGCGAGGAUAUGCGGCGCUCGUCCUCGUCUGCUGCAAUGGUGGGCAGUGAGGCAAGCAGAACUAAUAUUCCACGCCCGAUCGGGUUACCCCCACGAGGCAGAGUUGUCUACGAGUCCCAAUCUGCAACACUGCCACAGAGAUCCCUCACAUUGAGUGUGGGCGCGGAUCUCAGUCGCGCGAAAACCCUUCCUUCGAGGCGUCUGCCACUCAUGAAUCGAGCUGGUUCGGUACUGGAGAAGGCAAGGGCGUUUGAUCAGUCAGGGGUCCCUUCAGGGACAGACGAGGAGCAGCCUCAUUGUACGAUGAUGUCGGCUUUGGCGCAAUUCCCUAGCCCCCCGCUACCCCCCUUGCCGACGGAGUCAAAUGGUAGAUUGGUCUCGAAGCUCGACCGUUCAAAAUAUCCCUUCUCUUAG